AGGGGCCACUCUGCCUAUUUCCAACGCCCCUCUGAUCGGGCAACAUCAGAGGGAAGGUGACGUGUUUACUUCAAAACUUAUCUUUAAUGGUCACCACGGAGAUUUUGGAUAUUAUCAGUUAUGGCGAGGUCAAAGGCGAGGGUGUACGGGUGCUGCACAUUGAUGCUGCUCUGUGUGGUUACUGCCAUUGUGUUAAUUGCUGUUCUUGGGAGGCACACUUGUCCAGAUGACACUUUUUCCAAAGCUGCAGUGGCUGCAGACUCCAAGAAAUGUUCAGAGAUUGGAAGGGACAUCCUUCAAAAAGGAGGCUCAGCGGUAGAUGGCGCCAUUGCUGCGCUGCUGUGCACCUCCGUCAUGAACCCCCAGAGCAUGGGCAUCGGAGGGGGGUCCAUAUUCACAGUGAUGGACAGCUCUGGUAACGUGAAAACUAUCAACUCCAGAGAGACUGUACCUCAGACCUUUAACACUGACCUGCUCAAAUCAUGUCCCAAGACCUUUCGAAUGAUGACAGGUUCUGAGUGGAUCGGGGUUCCGGGAGAACUUCGUGGUUAUGAAAUGGCGCACAAGAUUUAUGGGAAGUUGCCGUGGGCAACACUUUUUGAGCCGACCAUCCAGCUGGCCAAAAAAGGGUUUCCUAUCCCACCAAUCCAAGGUCGAUACCUUUCAUAUUUAGAUACCAAUGCGUCCCAGUCACUACGGGAGUUGUUUUCAGAUAAGAACGGGAAGUUGCUGCAGACUGGUGAUAAUAUAAAGUUUGAGAAACUGGCCGACACUUUGGAGGUCAUUGCAAAUCACGGGGCGGACGCUUUUUACAAUGGAAGCAUAGCAGAGGAAUUAAUCCAAGACAUACAGGAGGCAGGAGGAACACUCACGAUGCAGGACUUGGCAGCGUACAGAGUUUCAGUGACGGAUGCGUGGGCUGUUCCUUUGGGAGAGUACCAGAUGUACAUCCCCCCACCCCCUGCAGGAGGCAUCAUCCUUAGUCUCAUCCUCAACAUCAUGAAAGGUUAUGGCUUGACUUCAGCAUCUCUGACAGGUGGAAAGACACUGGCCUAUCAUCGCUAUAUUGAAGCCUUUAAGUUUGCCAAUGGAAUAAAGAAUCACAUCAAGGAUCCACAGUUCAGCUCAGCAGAAAUGGCCAAGAAAUUCACAGAGGACAGCUUUGCCAACAACAUCCGAAGCUUGAUCAGUGACGACAGGACCCUUGAUCCCCAGUAUUACAACAUCACCCCUCAUCUGGACAGCAUGGGUACCACGCAUGUGUCUGUGCUGGCUGAGGAUGGCUCUGCUGUGUCUGUCACAAGCACCAUCAACCACAUAUUUGGCUCAAAGAUCUUCUCUCCGAGAACUGGAGUCAUCCUCAACAACGAGCUGUCUGACUUCUGUGGAAGAGUCGAUAAGAUCUUUCCUGGGGAGCAGCCUCCCUCCUCCAUGGCCCCCGUUGUGUUCAAGUCUCGGUCGAAGACGCUGGUGAUUGGAUCGACUGGUGGCAGUAUGAUCACGACUGGGAUUGCCUCGGCGCUCAUGAACCACUUUUGGUUUGGAAAGAGCCUUAAGGAGGCAAUUGCUGCUCCCGUUGUUUUUGUCGACUCUCAAAAUGCAGCAAAGUUUGAACCUAAAUUUGACAAGGAUGUGAUCAUGGCUCUGAAAGCAAUGGGACACAAACAAGAAAUUGCAAAGUAUUUCUACAACGUGGUCAACGCUGUGGGGAAGGAGGAUGGCUGUAUCUGUGCCGUGUCGGACGCCAGGAAACUGGGUGAAGCUGCUGGUUACUAGGACAGCGGGUCAGUGACUCUGGUUAAACAGGAGGCCGUGAAGGAUACAGAGACGUCCCUGCAGCCGCAAAAACCACAAAGGCUGCCCCAGAUGGAGUUUUACGUGAUCACAAAUCAUGAACAAAGUGCUGAGUGUGGCAGUCAAACCUGUGGACUGUAACAUGUACAUUAUGAAAUCCUGCUGAAGAAACACCUGAGACUGCAUCUGACCUCCUGAGACUCUGUCAGCUUGUUUUGACACAUUUCUAACUCUUGUAAUUAUUGCACUGUGGACUGUAAACAUAAACAUUUCAUGCAAUCCAUAUUUUCCCCGUUAUAUACAGUGACUUCAUAUAACAUUGUGUAUAUGUGCUAUUUUUAAUCUCUGAUUAAGUGAAAAACUUCUUCAUAGCUUUUAUCAUCAGGUAUUUAAAGUCUUAGUACUGGAGUUGCCCUUUUACAAUAACUGUCACUUUAUGCAUAUGAGCUGUUACUGCAAUGUUAAUGAAUUUAAGUGCACAAGAUAGAUAUUAUUUCUAAUAUUCAAAUAAAAAUGUAAAAAUUGAUAAUACUACUAAUACUAUAAUUAAUUAAAUGUGAGAAAAACCUACAAAAACAGCAUUUUUUAUUGUUGCAAAUCUUGCAAAAAAUGUGUCAGCUAUCCAAACUUUGAAGGGCAGUGAUUUUUAAAAUGACUUCAUAAUAGAUCCAUAAAAGAAACAUGUAUGCUGUAUUACACGCUAUCCUUAAAGCUCCUGUGUGGAACUUUUAGUUUGUGGUGACCCCUGUGGACGGGGUUCAUGUACCGCUUACAUCUCUGCCGAUCCUGUUCUUUACAUGGGUAGGUAGUGUUUUCUGACAUAAAUUCCCAACUUGCUUUCUUUCAACAGUCAUAUUCGUCAUCAAUCAUCAUCAUAAUAAUAUUUGCAGAUGAAAGUUUAAAUAACAGGAUGAUUCUGCAGUGUGCUGGUGCGCUACUUAUGUGACAUCUACCUGCUGGCAGUGGUUAUAGCCAAUACAAAUCUGGUCACAGAUGGUAAUGUUUCCUUUUCUAGAUAUUGAAGAGGUCUGGAUAUUAAGUUCAGUCUGCUUUAUAACCUUCUAAAAACGAAUAUGUCACAUCGAGUUGAUGCUGAAAAAACAGAAUUAUGUAUGUAUAAAUAACUAGAAUA